AUGGCGCCAACCCCGCGCCCCUCUCCCGCCCUGUCUGUCUCGCCCCACCCUCUAUUUCCUCGCCUCUCCACACUCCCCCCAUCAAACCCUACCCUGGCUACCCAAUCCCAUCCGGUCCCGUCCGUCCCAUCCUAGCCCCAGCCCCAGAUCUCCGCUCCCAUGGCCAGCUCCGACGCCUUGUCCGUCGUCCCCGCGCCUGACGCCGCCGCCGCCCCCGCGCAGCCGGCGGUCGCCAAGAAGCGGGGCAGCUACAACUGCGGCCGCUGCGGGCUCCCCAAGAAGGGCCACGUGUGCUCCAUCCCCGGCCCCCCUGCCGCCGGGGCUGGGGCCGCGCCGGCCGCGGAGCACAAGCCGAGGCGCGCGCUCCACUUCGAUGAGGCGGCGGCGGCGGGGGGCGCGCUGGACGCGACGCCGGUGGCGGUGGCGUAUCCGGCGCCGCACCGCCCCCCGGAGAAGAAGGCGAGGGUGGAUGUGGUGGACGUGGAUGAUUCGGAGCCCGAGUCGGGUGCUGUCGUGAGGCAGGGGUUGGUGGCGGUCGGCUCCGGCGUGCGGGUGCCGGGGGAGGUGGUCAUUGAGGUGCUCCGGCGGCUCGCCCCGAGGGCAGUCGCGGCGUCCGCGGCCGUCAGCCGCGGGUGGCGUGACUGCGCGAGGCGGGUCUGGCGGGGGGCCGAGGAGCUCCGCCUCCGCGCUGCCGGCGUUAGCACCAUCGGGACGCUGCUGCCGCGGUGCCCCGCGCUGUCCAGGCUCGUGCUCCGCAUGGAAAGUGAUGUUGAUGCCACAAUGCUUGCAUGCCUUGCAUUUUCCUGCCCAAACAUGCAAUCUCUGGAGAUAAGCAUGGCUGAUAGUGCAGUCAACCGGAUGACUGGGGAUGAGCUUACUAGAUUUAUUUCGGAGAAGAAGUCUCUCACAGUUCUUAAAGUAGAUUGCUGUAGUGGUCUUGGUUUUCUUAAUAUAAACUCUACAAGCCUUUCAACCCUUUGGCUAUCAGAUCUUUCCUCCCUUACAAAAUCUGUCAUAAACUGUCCAAAUUUGAGUGAACUCUCGCUGAUUUUUUCCCAACAAGAUAAUGAUUCUACUGACCUGAUUAGUAUGAUGGAUAGUCUGGGCCGCACCUGCUCAAAUUUGAGAAAAUUGCACAUCUCCUCAAUUCACUUGUGCAAUGAAGCUGUGUUUGCUCUUGGGAGUGCUAAUCUCAGGGGUUUGUGCAUGCUGUCCUUGCUUCUAGGUAAAAAAAUAACAGAUGCAGCUGUUGCAUCUAUUGUUCGUUCUUUUACAAGCUUGGAGUUGCUUGAUUUAAGCGGAUCUUGUAUCACUGAUAAUGGGCUUGGGAUGGUCAGCAAGGCAUUCCCUGAUACCCUAACUAGACUGCUCCUUGCGAUGUGCCCAAAUAUCACCUCAUAUGGGGUCCAGGUGGCCACAGCGCAGUUGCCACUUCUUCAGCUCAUGGACUGUGGCAAGAGCUUAUGUGCCAAUGUGCAGCCUGAAGCACCCCGAUCAUACUUUGGUGAUCUCAAUGGAGGGAUUAGGUUUUGCUCGAAACUACAAAUCACAAGGAAGCAGCAACCAACUUACCAAAAGUUGAUUAUAAAGCAUGCUAAUCUGAAGAAACUCAGUCUUUGGGGCUGUUCUGGAAUAGAUGCCCUAUGUGUAAAUUGUCCAGAGCUGAAUGAUCUGAACCUCAACUCCUGCAUAAAUCUGAAUCCAGAACGGUUGCUUCUUCAGUGUCCAAGCUUGAAAGAUGUUCAUGUCACUGGAUGCCGUGAUAUGUUAAUCGGAGCAAUCAGAAACCAGGUUCUGAACGAGUUUGCAGCAGCCGAGCCUCGCAUGCCUUGCAAGCGCCUUGCGGAUGGCUCGAAGCGGGUGCAAGUCCCACAAUUCAUGCUAGAACAGUUUGAGGACGAGAAAUGGUGCGGCGAGUCGCGGCGAAGCCAGUGCGCGGUUCACAUCUGAGCUGAAGCAAGGCAGUCACUUGCAGAGCCAGCCGAAUAGCUAGCAGUCCCAACAACCUAGGGGGGCACAGGAAAGGAAGAUUAGUUAGGCUGUGAUGUUGUAAGGCUGGCUGAGGGCACAUAAUCUGAGCCUACUGGUGUUGUAAGCUCUACUGUUCUUGUUUCUCUGCAAAAAUCUCAUUUGUUUCUUCCCUGCUGAAUUCUUCUGUUGGACAAUAAGGGCAUGGUGUAGUGUGUAGCCUAGCACCCUUGGUUCGUCCUGGAAAAUAAUGAUGACAUAAAUUAAAUAUUUAUUGGUGUGUCCAUAUAUUAUUUUUGUCAUGUUCCUGCCGAUUUAUUUAGUCUCUUGUUUCCAAAUGGAUGCUGCUGUAACUGUAAGACUGCAAGCGUACACUGUCUGGUGUGGAUUUCCCAGUGUGAGCUGGGGCAAUUUUACAGUCGGGUCCUGGGGAUGCACUUGCAUUUGAGAUUAGUACGAGGGGCCCAGAUGGAAAGUUCCACCUGUUCUUUUGUUUUAUUUUAUUUUUUUCCUGAAAGAAAUUCAGUCCCUCGCUUUCUGAAUCGGAACCGAGUGGAGUUGAAUCGGAUAGGAAUGAAAAGAUUCUGAUCCUUACUUAAUCCUCUGGAUAAUCCAGUCUAACCAACUGCAGCGUUUUUGUCGCUUAAUCUCACUUUGGAAGAACAGCACGCGCUCCUCGAUCCAGAGAGGAGCCAUGGAGCUGUCGGGUUCCGUCGCCUGCCCCACGGCGGCUCAGGCGCGGCUGCUCCGGCCGCCGGCUGAUCUUCGCCGGCUCGCCUCGCCUCCUCAAAGGUGCAAUGUCCCUGCCUCUUCAGGAUACACAUCUUGUAGGAGUUUCGCCGUGAGAAGCAAAGUGACCAAGGCAAUGCCCUCACUGAGUGUGAGCUUUCAGCCCGCAUUUCGUCAGCCAGUUACUCGGGCUACAUGGAAGAAGAAGCACAAUAUUGCAUGCUAUCAGAGACAAGGAGCUCCACAGAUAGAAGCCAAGUCAAUGGAGGAAGUAUAUGAUGCUUUGGCUGAGCACCUUCUUUCUGUCUCGAAGAGUAUCGAUAAUCUUGAUUCAAAAUAUAUUGUUGGUCUGGCUGGCCCACCUGGUGCAGGCAAGUCUACUGUUGCCUCUGAAGUGGUUCGACGCGUCAAUAUGCAUUGGUCUCAGAAGCAUGCAAAAGAUGAUUCACCGAAUUCAAAUGAAGAUAUUGCGACAAUGCUUCCCAUGGAUGGUUUCCACCUUUACCGAUCCCAGCUUGAUGCAAUGGAGGAUCCAAAAGAAGCACAUGCAAGAAGAGGAGGUGAGAAGGGUUCUGUGCUUCUUAUAUUUUAAUAACAUAUUGUUUUCACAAAGUAUUGACAUUUGAUUUGUUAAAUUUAGCACCAUGGACAUUCAGUCCAUCACUUUUUCUGAAAUGCCUACAGACCCUAAAGGAAGAGGGGUCAGUUUAUGCUCCAUCAUUCGAUCAUGGCGUUGGUGACCCAGUUGAGAAUGACAUAUUUGUAAAGCCGCAGCACAAAAUAGUGAUCGUCGAAGGGAAUUAUUUAUUACUGGAAGAAGAUGUUUGGAGGGAAAUUAGAGACAUGUUCGAUGAGAAAUGGUUCAUUGACAUUGACAUCGAUGUCUCCAUGCAAAGAGUGCUCCAGAGGCAUAUUGGCACAGGGAAAGAGCCAGAUGUAGCAGCAUGGCGGAUUUCGUACAAUGACCGGCCGAAUGCUGAGCUUAUCAUGGAGUCAAAAAGGGCUGCAGAUCUUGUAAUCAGAUCGGUGGACUACUCAAGCUAGACCCCAUGUUUCUGAUGGCAAUUUUGAUUUUCGGUAAUAAUAGUUGCUCUAUCGCGAUGUUUGUACAUAGAAUAAGUCAGCUGGCUGUUUCCAUCCGUGGUGAUUUAGCACAUAGAAUAAGGUAUUCUCCCAUCAAUUUGUUCUCGAGGAGUAACUCAAUAAAUGACACCCUUCAAGUAUCUAAUCAUUAUUAUCAUUUUAUCUUAACAUUCCUAUUUGUAACUUUCCUGUCUGUAUACAGUUCUGAAUCCAUAAAGUUACAGUGAUAAUAAAUGGCUGUAGUUUGCAAA